AUGGCCCCCAAAAAAGUUGCCUGCGUCGAAGACGUCGACGAGGAGACUGGUUUCGUCAUUCAGGGCUCCAAUAAAUACGCCCAGUCACUAGCACCAGGAAGCCCAUCCAAGGAGAAGGCAAACAGCAGCAAAUCUCGCAAGGACAGGAUGACGAGACCGAUUUCCACCUCCCCGCAAUACGGCCAGACCGACUCGGACGACACCAUCCACCCCGCUGUUCCAGACAAGAAAGCGAGGGAUAAGGCAAGACGACACGAACAACGGGUUGCGGACCGAGCCGCCGAAAAGGCCCUCCAAAGGGCUAACGAACGGGCCGCCGAAAAGGAGGCUGCAAGAGAGCAGCAAGCUCGUCAAGAUGAUCGAGAGGAAAGACACCGCAUCAAGAAAGAAAAGGAAAAGGCUGUACGCCGUGAGCAGGAGCUUCGCGACCAAGAGCGGCGCGAGCGUGACGAUCGUCAGCAGCAGCGCGACCGGCCUGCCCCCAAAAAGUCCGCAAUCCGUCCUUCCACAAAGCACGUCAACACGGCGCCCGUCGUCCACACCCAGAAGACAGCCCAGAAGCCAGAUGAAUACAGAAGACCGAAAUUCUCGGAGGAAGAAGCCUCGCAAUACGGUGUACAGCAGCCGGGAAAGGCACAGGGCUCGCGUCCCCGAGCUUCAAGUCGACCUGCGAGCUACUACGGCCAAGGUUCCCGACCGCCCACCUCCAAUAAGCAAUGGCAUGCUGCGAACAACGUCUCGCCUUUCACCCCGGCUGCGGCAUCGCCAUUUGCCCCGUCUAUUCACGCACCGCCUUCCUCUCAUGCUUCAUCGCCCUUUACUCCCGCUCCUAUGCCGAUUCCCAUUCACCCAUCACCGCAUGUGCAGUCUCCGUUCGCGCCUGCACCUGGCUCUUCGUAUGGGGCACCGCCUGGCGCCUGGGGUCCCGGAAGUGUCCCUUACCCUAUGCAGGCGCCGCACCACCCGCCUCCACCGCCGUCGAAUGAUUACUUUCCGCCUACCCCUGUCGCGAGCAGCCCCAGACAUUCGAACUUGGCUCAUCGCUUCCAACAAAGGCCUUCGUCGGCCAUGGGACACCGGUCCAUGUCAGCAUCUUCCUUCGAGUACGACAACUACGGCUAUCAUCCUAGCCCUGGCCACGGCCACGGCCCCGGUCCCACUUACGAGCAAGAGAACAUUCCUAUUCCCAUCGGCAGACGACCAUCUCUCAAGGUCCGGGACAGAGACAGCGACUUGAUGCCGCCGCCGCCACCGCCUCGUUCACGAACGACUGCUCCUCAACAGGGUUUCCGUCCCCCACCCCAACCUCACCCCCAGCAGCGCCAGAUCAUGUCCCAGGGCUAUGACUCUGACGAUUUCGAUGGCGAAGAAUCCAUGUACCAGGACAUCGUUCCUCAUGGUUAUCAAUACGACGAUGGCGUUGUUGCAAGGCCUCGUGGUCACCGCAGGGGUUCCAGCACGUACAGCCAUCGUGCAUACCAGAUCGAGCCUGCACCCGCUCCCGCACCUACCCGCAGUAGCCGCCGCCAUUCUUACAUGGCUGGCGGUGAAAGCGGUAGCUACUCGCAGACAAAGUACGACUCUGCCCAGGCUGCUGCCAUGGCAUACCAGAACGGCGUAAGCGGCGGCGGGGUGCCUUUGACUGCUGCGGCUCUCUCAAAGGCUGGGAAGAAGAGCAAGAGCAGCAGGUCCAGUGGAAGUAGCGACAGCCUUGACGAAAGCGACUUCCUACGAAGCGCCACCACACGAACCACCCGAUCUUCUGCCAUUGAUGGCGACGACAUCACCAUCAAAGUCACUGGCCAUGCCGUCCUCCGAGUUGGUAACGCCGAAAUCCAGUGCCAGGAUGGUGGCGAAAUCAACAUCAGCCAGGCAGCACGCAUUGCUGGUGGGAGCGAUAGGGAUACCGUCUACUCUGAUGAACGUCGUAGCCGUAUGGACCGACCCGCCCUCCGUGAUCGAUCCGAAAGCCAGGCCGACUCCUACAGCCGUAGCCAAGCGGGCGACUACGAACAAUUCCGCAUUCCGUUUACAUGA